UUGAGUUCCUUGACUGCUUCAGUUUCUCAUUCCUGGCAUGAGUUUGGAAAUGACUUUUAAUGGCAAGAUGACGCCUGUGAACGAGCAGCCUGAUGAGAAGUCAUGUCACAAGAAGGCUAAAGGUUUGCAUUUUCUCUCCUCCCCAUGGUGGUGCCCUGCUGCGAUGACUCUGGUCAUCCUUUGCCUAGGGUUAUCAGUGACCCUUAUUAUACAACGGAUGCAAUUUCUCCAGGUAUCCAACCUCCUCAAGCAAUACCAAGCAAACCUUACUCAUCAGGAACAUAUCCUGGAGGGACAGAUCUUAGCCCAGCAGCAGGCAGCAAAUGCUUCACAGAAGAAACUCAAGGAAAUGAUAGACACCCUCACCUGGGAGCUGAAGGAGAAAUCCAAAGAGCAGGAGGGACUUCUGCAACAGAACCUGGACCUCCAACAAGCCCUGCAGAGAGCUGAAAACUUUACAGUUCUCCAGGUAUCCAACCUCCUCAAGCAAUACCAAGCAAACCUUACUCAUCAGGAACAUAUCCUGGAGGGACAGAUCUUAGCCCAGCAGCAGGCAGCAAAUGCUUCACAGAAGAAACUCAAGGAAAUGAUAGACACUCUCACCUGGGAGCUGAAGGAGAAAUCCAAAGAGCAGGAGGGACUUCUGCAACAGAACCUGGACCUCCAACAAGCCCUGCAGAGAGCUGAAAACUUUACAGGUCCGUGUCCACAAGACUGGUUAUGGCAUAAAGAAAACUGUUAUCUGUUCUCUUCUGAGCAGUCUUAUUGGGCAAAGAGCCAAGAAAUCUGCCUGUCUUUGGAUGCUCAGUUGCUACAAAUUAAUAGCAUAGACGAUCUGAACUUCAUCUCACAAACCACUUCCCAUUCCACCUCCCCAUUCUGGAUGGGACUGCGUCGGAAGAAAAAAAAUGACCCAUGGUUGUGGGAGAAUGGUUCUCCUUUGCGUCCUCACUUAUUUACGAUCAGGGGUAUUCCUCCCCAGACGCAUCCAUCAGGCACCUGUGUGUACAUUCAAGAGGGAGUUGUUUUUGCUGACAACUGCAUUUUAACUGCAUUCAGCCUAUGUCAGAAGCGGGCAAAACUAUUGUUAAUGCAGUGAAUUUAAAGAUUCUGGAAGAACAGGAGAAGACCUUUGACUGUUGUCAUGAAAUUUAAGCUAUUAUUGCGUACUUGAAUGUAAAACAUGAUUUUCCUGACAGCUGUGAGCUAACUACUAACUUCAGUUCACCUGAGCAGAGGCAAGGACCAGACGCACAGACAGGGGAUCCUGUUGUUUGACAUCUUUGUAUCUAAAGUCGUGAGUUCGAUUGUUUAUCCAUAUGCAUUAGCCUUGCCCUUCCCAAGUCGCCCAACCAACCUGCAAUUCUUCCUCCCUUUCCUGUUUAAGUGAUGACUCCUGCCUGACCUGGAAAAUGCAUUCUAAUCAGUCUCCUAUACCUCAAUGUACACAAGACAUUAUGGAGCUGCACAGAAGACAGACUGUAGAGAACCUACUGAAGUGCAGGCAGAGGGCUCAGCAGGGAAGUGUGUCUAAGAAGCAGCAUGCCAAGAAGAGAACAGAGGGAAAGCCACAGUGAAGCACAAGUUCCUGCUAGGAGCCACAGCUUGACCUUUGUAACUGUGGUCCAUCUCCAUACUGCACCAUUUCCACAUCCACAGCUUGACCUUUGUAACUGUGGUCCAUCUCCAUACUGCACUAUUUCCACAUUUACAUUUUUUAAUUUUAUUUUUAUCUUUAUGGGGGGGAUGCCAACAUGUGUGUCUAUGCACC